CAUGUCCAAUAUUCCCACCUUAACCUACUCGAACUAUUUUCGUACCAUUGGAUACAGCAAUUGUGAAAACGGUUUUUUCAAAAAAUUGCGUCAAAAAUUAUGAAUUCAUUUGAAAACACUUUUAUUCGAGGACCGUCGCCAUCCUACUCUGACGACGCCGAUUCCGAAAAUGCUCUCUCAAUAACUCUUCCAAUCGGAGGGCCUAUUCCAGAGUUGGAUUUCUGUCGCGACGACUCCAAGACUGAUACGGCGGACUACUUUGACGAGAAGUACAACAGCGACAGCUGCUCUCGCCUACAUCCUGGCCAUCAGGGACGCAAUUCCUUUGCCUUCUGGACGAUUGUGGUCAUUUUAUUGGCCCUGACUGUGGGCAAUCUCGUGCUCACGCUCACCAUCGUUGGGGUGCUGCGCUUGGGCAAGGGAGUUCAAGGCAUGGAGGUGAUUCCUGAGGUGGAUGUAGUCAAAUUUUACGGGUCCACUGACUUGGAGAAAGUCCAGACCAGUUCAAUUGGUCAGAUUCACGGAUUUACGGAUGUGCCUGUAACCGUUGAAAGCGAUGCCGAAGAUGGUGUCAACAUAAGAGUCUUCCGCAAUGGCAAUGGAGCAACUACUGAACGCGAUAGAAUCGUGUUGAACAAGGAGGGCGUCCUCAUCCAGGCUACCAAUCUCUUCGAGGUCAAGGACCCGAAGGAUAGGCAACCAGUCUUCACUACUCAUCGCCCCCAGUACAAAAUUCCGGGAGGAGUCGAUUCCCUGGAAGCCAAGGUGGUGAGUGCCAGUGGCAUCUCAAGUCCCGUAGACGAAUCCCUUAGGCUGGAGAGCGACGGCAGGCUGUCCAUCAGGGGCUCCCAAGGUGUCUUUUUGGACGGCGCUAUUGUGGACAUACAGGCCGAGCAUCAUGUCUCCAUAAACUCUACUCAGGGUGCCACCAUUCUGGAGGCCGGCGCGGGAAUCUUCCUAGACAUGAACCGUAUCCCCAUAGUCAGCUCUGAAAUGGGUCUGCGUACAGGUAGCGUUCAGUACAAGAUAUGCGUGUGCAUGCCCCACGGAACGCUCUUCCGCAUCGCCAUUUCACGGGUUCACAACGGCCCCAAGAUUUCAUGCGCCCAUUUCAGCGGCAAGGACGAUCCCUGCGAAGUCAACUAAGCAUGUUAAAAUAAAUAAAUCAUGAAAUCAGAUAUUAUGAUAUCCCUAAAACAAA